AUGGCCUCCGAACCUGUCAAUGUGAAUGAGUUCCGAGAAUUGGCUAGGCAAGUUCUUCCAAAAAUGUACUAUGAUUUCUAUACUGGGGGAGCUGAGGACCAGCACACGCUAAAGCAGAAUGUUGAUGCAUUUCGCAGAAUCAUGUUGCGGCCUAGAGUUCUUGUAGAUGUUAGCAGAACAGAUAUGUCAACUACUGUAUUGGGUUACAAAAUCUCAGCACCUAUAAUGAUUGCUCCUACAGCUAGGCAUCAGUUAGCCCACCCCGAAGGAGAGGUCGCCACUGCUAGAGCAGCAGCAGCAUGCAACACCAUAAUGGUAUUAUCCCACAUGUCUACGUGCACUGUGGAGGACGUUGCUUCCAGCUGCAAUGCUGUUCGGUUCUUUCCAUUAUAUGUUUACAAGAGACGAGAUAUAUCAGCUCAGGUAGUUCAGAGAGCUGAAAAAAAUGGAUACAAGGCUAUUGUCUUAACUGUUGAUGCUCCCAGACUUGGUCGAAGAGAGGCAGACAUAAAGAAUAGAAUGGUUACACCUCAGUUGAAGAACUUUGAAGGCAUUUUAUCAAUUGACGUAAACUCUGAUGAAGGAUCGAUAGUGGAAGCUUUUGUCAAAGAGACGUUUGAUGUUUCUCUGUGCUGGGAGGACAUAGAGCGGUUGAAAUCUAUUACAAACUUGCCAAUUCUGAUCAAGGGAGUACUCACUCAUGAAGUUGCAAGAAAGGCUGUGGAAGUAGGUGUUGCUGGGAUUGUUGUCUCCAACCAAGGAGGCCGCCAACUAGAUUAUACUCCUACCACCAUUUCUGUCCUGGAAGAGGUAGUUGAUGCUGUUGGAGGAAAAGUUCCUGUUCUGCUUGAUGGAGGAGUAAGGCGAGGAACAGAUGUGUUCAAGGCAUUAGCCUUGGGUGCACAAGCUAUCCUUGUUGGAAGGCCUGUAAUCUAUGGCCUUGCAGCAAAUGGAGAACACGGCGUGAGACGGGUUAUCGAAAUGCUGAAAGAUGAGUUUGAGCUCACUAUGGCCCUCUGUGGCUGCCCUGGUGUUAUGGAUAUUACCAGGAGCCAUGUGAGAACAGAAUGUGAUAAACUCCACUCCAUGCUUUAA